UCAGUUGAUCCCGUUACGGGCGGGGCUUUGGCGUGACGUCACCGGUUCAUUUGCAUACCAGUCUGCAUAUAUACGACUCUGCGCAGUGGCGCGAUACAUUGCUGCAACCCAGAGAUAUCAGAGAUCAUAAACGCUUACUGGUCUAUCAAGACACCCAGCAACCAUGUCUGACAAACCCAAUCUUGAGGAGGUCACCAGCUUCGACAAGAGCAAGCUGAAGAAGACUGAGACUCAGGAGAAGAACCCGCUCCCAUCUAAAGAAACCAUCGAACAGGAGAAGCAGGCGUCAUCAUGAAGACCCCAAGCUGCCAUCAUGCACUGUGCACACCCCCUUUCCCACACAUUGCCUUCUUUUUGUUCACUUCUUUUAGCUGUAUAACUCCGUAACCAAAAUGUCAAAAAAACAAAAAAGGAAAAUAAUGCUAAAAUGAAAAACCUAAAGCUGCCAUCAACGUUGGGUGGACCUGAAAUCAUCCUCCACCAACAGCCAGAAGACGAAAACCAUCCACCCACCCCCUUUUCCAAACUAGCAGUGAACAGCGCGUCUAAACCUUGGCGCAUUUAGCUUGGAUCCAUCUGGACUCCAUGGCUUCGGCUAGUGGUGUAAAAACUGAAGAAGGGCAAAGGACAAAGGGGGCGUGGCUUUGGAAUGUGGACAUUCCCAAAAUUCAUUAACCAAUUGGGGUAUGGCUUUAUGUCAAUGUGUGACCAGCUCACCAAUUUGUGGCGUUGCAUUUCUUUUUUCCUUUUUUAUUAAGAAAUUGAGUUUUACAGUAAAAUGCACAAUAUUUGGUUUUUGUACAUCCUCAAUGAUUAAAUACCUUCUUGUUAGCACUGCUUCAAGCAAAUGCUUUUUGAUUGACACAAAAGAGGAAAUGGUGGAAGCCAACUAGAUGGGGAAACAUUCCUAAGGCACAAGAGGGUUUUUUAAAACUGAUUGUACCCUUUUUUUUUUUUUUUUUUUUUUUGUACAUGUGGGUUUUUUUGGGGGGUUGCUUUUUUGUGUUGCACCCAAUUUCAAUUGUCCUAUUGUAUGGAAACUGUCAAUUCUGGAAAAAAUCCAUAUUGCUUUCAAGUGUUGACAAAUUUUUUUUUUUUUUUUUUUUUUCCUUGGGUUUCUGUAAAAUUCAGCAAACCAUGUUAAUUUGCCACAAACCCAUUCUCAAAUGGAAAAAAGGAACGUGUUGUAAUAAAGCCUUUGUUAUCAAAA